UCCCAGUUGUAUCCAGCCAGGUGAUGAAGAGUCUGCAGCCUCCAGUGAAGACUGCCUCUACCUCAACAUCUUCAGCCCUGCAGCUCCGCUGACCUGUAAACGUGUCUUUGUGUGUCAGAGGGGGCGUGUCCCAGUCCUGGUGUUCUUCUUCAACCCUUUGGCCAAUCAGAGCCCAGGAUUGUUGGACGGCUCCGCCCUCGCUGCAGUGGGCAACAUCGUCGUGGUAACGGCCAGCUAUAGGACGGCGGCGCUGGGAUUCCUGAGCACAGGUUUGUCUGGUCUCCGUGGUAACUACGGCCUGUCAGACCAGGAGGCGGUGCUUCGUUGGGUCAACGCCCACAUCUCUCUGGUGGGCGGGGACAGCAGGAGAGUGACGGUCGGGUCGGAGCGACGUGGCGCUGACAUCACCAGCCUUCAUCUCAUCUCCUCUUCCUCUCCUCCUCUGUUCCAGCGUAUGAUGCUGAUG